UCCGACCUAAAGUGACCACACUCCUGAACCAGCCCUCCUUCCGCAAACGGCAUUGCAUUGAGCAGGCAUCAGAUCAACAAUGGAGGGGACUGUAGAUGGGCCCAGAUAAGGACAGCAGGCUUGCCACUUCACACCUAUCCAGCCAGCCCAGCCCAGAGGAGGCUGAGUCAUAAGGGCAGGAUUUGUUGCUAUAGCACCAGGAAGUAAUAAAUGCAGAUGUUGGACCAUGUCAGAAAUCUUCUCAAGAGAGUGGAUUGUUUUACGCAGAGUGGAGAUGUGGCUUCUGGUUCUGGUGGUGUAUUUAUUUCAAAGAAAUGUGAAUUCUGGACACAUGCCUACUAUCGCUGUGGACCCGGAAGCAUUCAUGAAUGUUAGUGAAAUCAUCCAACACAAAGGCUACCCUUGUGAGGAGUAUGAAGUCACAACUGAAGAUGGGUAUAUCCUUUCUGUUAACAGAAUUCCUCGAGGCAUAGCACAACCCAAGGAGACAGCUAUUGUCAGAUACAAUGCUAAUUAUGAUGAGAUGGCUAGGUUUGACCUUCCUGCAGUGAUAAACUUUAUUUUGCAGAAAACGGGCCAGGAAAAGAUCUAUUAUGUCGGCUAUUCACAGGGCACCACCAUGGGCUUUAUUGCAUUUUCUACCAUGCCAGAGCUGGCUCAGAAAAUCAAAAUGUAUUUUGCUUUAGCACCCAUAGCCACUGUUAAAUAUGCAAAAAGCCCUGGGACUAAAUUUUUGUUGCUGCCAGAUAUGAUGAUCAAGGGAUUGUUUGGCAAAAAAGAAUUUCUGUACCAAACCAGAUUUUUCAGACAACUUUUUAUUUACCUUUGUGGCCAGGUGAUCCUUGAUCAGAUUUGUAGCAAUAUCAUGUUACUUCUGGGUGGAUUCAACACCAACAACAUGAACAUGAGCCGAGCAAAUGUGUAUGUUGCCCACAAUCCUUCGGGAACAUCUGUGCAAAAUAUUCUUCACUGGAGCCAGGCAGUGAAUUCCGGGGAACUCCGAGCAUUCGAUUGGGGAAGUGAAGCCAAAAACCUAGAGAAAGGUAAUCAGCCAACUCCUAUAAAGUACAAGGUCAGAGAUAUGACAGUUCCUACAGCAAUGUGGUCGGGAGGUCAGGACUGGCUUUCAAAUCCAGAAGAUGUGAGAACACUGCUGUCUGAAGUGACCCACCUCAUCUACCAUAAGAAUAUUCCCGAAUGGGCUCACGUGGAUUUCAUCUGGGGUUUGGAUGCUCCUCACCGUGUGUACAAUGAAAUCAUUCAUCUGAUGAAGCAGGAGGAGAUCAACCAUUCUCAGGGAAUGUGUGAGCCCAGAUCAUGAAGUAUUUGACACUAAAACAUCUUAUGAAAAACUUCAUGGAAGGUGGGACUUGGGUCCAUGAGAAGAUUUUUAAAUAGAAUUUCCAGAGUUGGAAACCUAUCACAUCAGUAGAAGCCAAGGUGAAGAGAUGGCAGAGCUGUGCUAUAUGUUCCUUCAGAUUUCCUGCAUUUGGCACUAAAAUUUACAUAUAUAUACAUAUAUACAUAUAUAUAUGUAUACACACACACACACACACA